CUCAUAUCGGUCGACCAAACUAUUUAACCUGGCCCUGUUGAGAUCUGUCACGAUAAAAUAUCCAACCAGCUCUAUUUCUUCGGUUGAACGAAACUUGCUCUGACGCUAUUAUGAGUUGAAGAUAUUGAUUGAUAAAACGUUACGUAGAAUUUUAUUAUCAAUAACAAGAAAAGCCUGAUAUGUCUUUAGAUGAGCAUUUAUUUUAAUCAAUGAGAGAAGGAUUGGUGACGGUGGAUCUUUUCUCUCUUAUAUUUCUCGGCCGAAUUCAGUAUAUUUAUCUGGUAUGCACAGCACAGGUUCCGAAAAAGACAAAUUGAUGGUUUCUAAAGUAUCUGUUCGAAAAUCUACAUAUACUUUUCUGUUUUGGCUCAUUAUUGAGUCAGAUCUACUAAAAUCGGCAAACGAAGAUGUAAAGACAGCAUGAAAAAUCACUAUCAUUUAGCAACAUUAUCUUCUAAUUAUAAAUAAUAAUAGCUCUUCAAAUAAUUUUCUAAUGUACGGGCAGAGAUUUCCUAUAUGACGUGCCAUUGCGAAGUGAUUAAAGCUAUUGAAAUGUUUUAAUCUCAGAUUCUCUGGUAUGAAGGAAAUGCUACCGAUUUCGAAUUCAUUUUACAGCGUACUAGAAAACUCAUGAUGCUGUAUCACAUUAUCUAUUGAGUUGACUGUGGUUUCUGACCUUUACUGUUCUUGAAAAACUGCUAAUUUAGUUUAUCGAUAUUGAAAUUAAGGCCUGAAAAUGUCACUAGUGGCCAAAAGUUAAUUACAAUAAUUUUGGAUUUUUCGGGAUUAUUUGGGCUUAUUUGAGAUUAUCUGAGAUUUUUCGGGAUUUUUUGGGAUUAUUUGAGAUUAUUUGGCAUUAUUUGGGAUUUUUUGAGAUUUUUUGGGAUUAUCUGGGAUUUUUUCAGAUUUAAAAUCCCAAAAAAUCCGCUUUUUCCCCCUUGUACAUAUCUACAAAUUUCAUCAAGAUGUAUUUUCGGUAAAUAUAUACCAGCUGCAACAAAGCUAACUCAACUAUUCUAUAUUAAUUUUCAUUUUAAUAGAUCAUGGUAGUGAUAUUAUAUUCGGUGUUGAUAGUGGUACAGGUCAUUUUACAUAA